AUGAAGUCCGUCAGCCUCGCUUCCGUCGCCCUGCUCCUCGCUUCAGGCAUCAAUGCCGCCGGCAAGUGCAAGCAGGGCGAGAACUAUUGCGGGAGCGAACUGCUCAAGGCAGACCACGACCAGUCCCAGAUAGACCAGUCGCUGUUCGACGCCGGCGAGGACAACUACUACGCGGCCGAUGGAGGCGACGAUACGCUCUUCUACUGUUUCGGCGGCGAAGACAACGAGGGCCUCAUCAAGUUCCUGGAAGUAUGUGACUGGAAAUGCGACGACGCCGGGCAGGGCAACGGCGAUCAGUGCUACUGA